AUGGACCACCAGCACCCGCCAAACGGCGGCCACCACCCAUGGGCGAGCACCAGCGAGCAGUCUUCCCUCCCCGCCAACGUGCCGUCGCCUUACGAUGACCCGUCGACAAUUCUGCGCGUGUACCCGCUGGUAAACUACACGCCAACGGCAAGAGUCGCGGGCCACUUUGCGCCCCACACCGUCGCGUACCAGCCGCCAGCUUCCUCGGCGAGCUUGUACCCCCAGUACCAGGCAGGCUUCCAGCGCCUGGACAACCCCCAGACAGCUGAGGACUUGCUCAUGCGCCAAGACGUCUUGCGCAGAAUAGCGCCCAUGAUCCAAGGCAGCAGCUAUGGCGACCGAUCCUACACAAUACAGCCGCCCCCGCAACAUGCCUUCCCUCCUCAUCCCACCUUCCCUCCAGCGACAAACGGGUACAGUAACCCAGGCCCAGUCCCAGUACCAGACUUUGUCAACCACCGACCCAUGGCCUACGACUUCUUCCCUUCAACACCAACGUCUUCCUCGUCCGUCCAGCCGCCAACCCCCAGCUCUGUUGCCGGGUCGUCGCCCGCCCCCUAUGCCAGAGGAGACCAGGACUUCUUCGAGCAGUUCAUUGACCGCACGAGCAUCGGCCUUCAGCUCGACAGCCCGUCGCCGUACACUGGCCCACAUACCGCGCCGCCCUCGCAGGCUGGACACUCCAAGCCGGGCUCGGUCAACGUGACCCCGACGCACUUGCGCACCGGUCUCAAGAUGGAGGAGGAAGAGUCGCCCGAUCCCCUCAGCCUCACGGGUCCCUCGCCGUCCAAGAAGCACAAGUCGGCAACAGAUCUGCGAGCAUCGCCGUCCAAGUCGCCUUCCAAGUCGCGCCAAUCGAGCGUCGUGGUGCUGAUCCCAACAAAACGCGCCGACCUGGUCGACAAUGACCCUUCCCUCCGGACAUUGUCUGACCGCGCUCGCUCAACAUCGUCGCUCCACUCCACGCCAGCAUUAGACAAUCACGAGUCUGACGAUGACGAGAUCAACUGGGGUGACGGCAGAAAGAUGGACAUGGACGGUGACUACCACAUGAGUCAUGGCGCCGUCGAGAAUCAGGCCCAGUACCUCCCAACAGGGGGCCGUACUGGAGAGAGGGAUCAGCGCAGCUCGUACCAAAAGCUACAGAACCUCCUCGAGGACAUCUUCGAGGAGCAGGAUUCCUUCGCCGCAGAACCUUCCCCAGAGGAUGUCUCCAACUCUCGCUUCUUCUCUGGCGUCUCGAGCGACGAGGCGCAUGCCCUGUUGUCCGUGGACACCUUGAAUAAGGUUGCGCGGUACGUGUCGCGGCUACAGCACAAGAAGAAGCGGCAGCGCACGAAGAGCGACAGUGGCGGCAUUCCCUGGGACGCGGACAGCAUUCUACGGAUCCUCAAGAUGAUGGAGAAGAUCAUGCGUGAAGCAGAGUACGCCAACCCCUUCCCCGAAUCGGGGCGCCAUACGACAGGGACAUCGGUGUCACCACAAAAGAAGAAGAAGGGCGGAAAGAAGUCCGCGGACGAGGCUGCGGCUGUCGGUGACGAAGGAACACCGGAGGUGGACGAGGCCGACAUGCUUGAACUCGAGCACAUCCUGGCCACCAUGUCCACUGCCGCGUCGGCAGCGCUUUGCUGUCUUGUCACCAUGGCCACUGACGGGCUACCCAAGCAGCUCUUUUCCGAGGACCUCUUGUCCCUAUCCGUGGCGACGGUACGUCACUCGAUGGACAGUGUCAUCUUCAAGGUUGUCGAAGGUCUCGCGAGCGACACUGUCAACUCGAGCCGCCUCGCACUGGUCGUCAAUGCCGAGGCUGCGGCCGCUGCCAACGGGAGGUCACGCAAAGCCGAUCCAUUGUUCAAGAAUGGCAACAUCUCGUCGAUCGCCCAGGCAACUUGCGCCGCGGUUCCACACAUUGCUGGUCUGCUUGACCGACCAGACAUGUCUCUGUCAGAAGAGCUGUUUACCGCGACCGUUUACAUGGCAAUCGGGCCCGUCUUUGUGCGUGAGCCGGCCACACGACGCAGCAAGAAGGAAGGUGGCCAUGGACCAGCCUGGUCUGUCAUGAAGAGCCUGAGAAUGGAGUCGCUUGGAUGUCUCCGCGGCGCCUUUGCCCACUACGAGGAUCAGCGCCUGUGGAUCAUUGACAUGAUCCUCCAGUCCUUGUCCAAGGUUCAGGAGCAGGGGUCCGCUCAGCCUCACUUCCAGUUGUCAAACGGCAACUCGAUCCACACUCUCAGUGCGCUGUUGCUCCAGUUGGUCCAGGCGUCGUCGUACGGCGUCGGCUCGCGUAUCCGGCGGCUUCGCAGAUCCGCAGAGGCGAGCAGCGAGAUCCCUGACCCAGACAAGGCGCAGCAAGGCGAGAUCCAAAUCCUUGGCGAGGCCUUUGACGCCGCGUUGCGUUCCACCAAGACAAUAGCUGGGCACUUGGUUCAAAAAGCAGGAGCUUCAAAGGCCAGCAAGUCGUCGGGUGACACCGACUUCAAGGCGAUUCUGGACACUUUCGUCGCCGACUUGCUCACCGUGGUUUACCGCCCAGAGUGGCCAGCUGCCCCCCUCUUCCUCAACAUCCUGUCCAAGCUUUUCAUCGGCUCCCUCGACAACCAGCGGACAACACACGAGGCUGCUGCCGCUCGUGCUGUGGCGAUGGACUACCUGGGUGACAUUGCUGCACGACUACGGGCCUUGCACCAGCAAAUUGAGGCGAAGGACAAGGUCCCAAGUCUCGACGAGAUCAUUGCCGACGCCAAUGUCGGAGGCAUGGCGGCGUUGGCCAAGGCCCAGACCACGAUUCAGAGCUUCCUGUCCACCGCGUCCCGUGAGGACAGCAUGUUCGUUUCCUCUGGCGAGAUGUCGCAGAUGUUGUGGGCACAAGAGUUGGACGCGGCUCAACGCAAGGUCAUCUCUGUGCUGGAAAGGGUCGUCACGGAGGUCGUUGACGAGGACGAAGACGGCGAGGCUUCGGGAUCCCAGAAGGCUUCGGUGAACCGCGACAACCUCCAGAUCAUUUCCAGGGAGAUUGGUCUUGCUAUCCGCAAGGUCUGGAACCCGGAGGACCAGUUGUUCGAGAUCAGUGAUCCCCACCAGGCGGAUGAGGCGCUACAGGCUUCUCUGGCAAUCUCUCGUUCUCGCCCAUUGCAGGGAGCCUUCGAGCCCAUCCUGCGUGCCCUGUCCAUCGCCAUGAAUUCGACAGUGGUUGGGUUGCGCUCAAAGGCGAUCCGUGGCCUUGGCAGUGUGGUGGUCGCCGAUCCAGACCUGCUAAGCCAAGACUCGGUCCGUCAUGCUCUCGAGUUGGGGCUGUCCGACUCGUCUCCCCAGGUCCGUGACGCGGCAGUCGAUCUGGUCGGUAAAUACGUCGUGCAGAGGUCCAACCUUGCCGUCGAGUACUACCCAUUGAUCGCCGAACGCAUCACCGACACUGGUCUUGGUGUGCGGAAGCGCGUCAUUAGGUUGUUACGCGGCAUCUUUGAAGCCACAGACGACCACGACACCCGCAUCGAGAUCUGCUACCAACUCCUUCGAGCUGGCGCCGAAGAUGAAGACGAGGGGGUUCAGGAGCUUGCCGUCAAGUCGUUAUCAGACAUCAUCUAUCCCAACGUCAAGUUUGUUGCGGAGGAGACUGCUGGCCUCCUCGUGGAUAUCCUGGGCAAGUUCCGAUCCAACGAGUCGCUCGAGUCGGCCCUUCAAGCUGUAGGUCAAAUGUGCGUCGAGCACCUGCUGACUGGACAGAUUUCCGCGCAGUGCACGAAGAAUGGACACAGUGACUACUUUGCCCAGACCCUCGACGCACUUAUCAACCGGCUCGUGGAGGCAACCGAGGAAUCGGACUUUGAUGUGCCGAGUCACAUCCGAGCCAUCGAGCUCCUCAGCUCCGACAACCCGGGUCUUAUUGAGACCAAGAAGGCGUCCAUCCUGCUCACCUUCCUGCGCCAGGCGACCGAUGAAAACCAGCAGAUGACAAACGACCUGCUGCUUCAGAUCUUCUCCAGGUCGAUUCCUUUCCUCCCGAAGGCGGCGACAACUUUUGCCCAGGAUCUUUCCAAGACGGUGUUCGGCAUGAUCACGAAGCCUACUUCAGGCUUGAACUCGCUGAGGCCACUGGUCAGUUGCUACUGCUCGGUUGUCAACAACCUGACGCGCGACCAUGAAACCCUGGGGAAGCUGCUAUUCUCCUGCAUUGGCCGCACACGCAAGCAGAUCGGAGCCAUUGCCCAAAUGAACCAAGCCCAGUUCAAGGGUGUGGCAAUGGUCUUUUACAUCAUCGCACUCAUCGCAGAGUACGGCAAGCUUGAGACGGUGGCGCAGACAGACGACAAGGUGCGCAACAUCGUCGACAGAAUCUCGCAGAGACCACUCUCUGAGCACCUAUUCGAUGCGUUCCUCGAGUUUGCAAUGGUCUCCACCUCCCAGCACGCUCCAAUGCUCUGUCUCAGUGCACUCUACCGAUCCAACCCGCGGCUUAUCAUCCACGAGAAGUCCACACACUGGAUGCGAAGCAUCAUCGAGUCGCCAAACAUGGACAACCAGGCCCGAGUCCUGCAACUGCUCCAUGACUUCUUGGCGUCCCAAGCGGCACAGUCGCAGCCUACCAAGACAGCCAAAGCCACGGACAAAGGCAAAGGCGUUAGUGAUCUCAUUGGCAGUGGCGCAGACCUGCAUCAAUCGAGUGUGUCGACAGCUCUGGUCCAGGCCAAUAUCGACUUUAUCACUAAGAGCGCAAUGUCUACGCACAAUGCACUGCAGGCCGCCGCUAUGGAGGUGUUUUCGUUCACUGUCAACCAGGGUCUCUACCACCCAGGGAUGCUCUUGCCGAUCUUGGUCUCGUUGGAGACGAGCCCCAGCCAACGUAUUGCUAGGCGGGCUCUGACGCUGCAUGCGUCGCUGCAUACCAAGCAUGCGUCCAUGCUCAGUGUCAACUACCUCCACCUGGCGCGCGAAACGUUCAACUACCAGAAGACACUCACGUCCGAGGUGUUUGGAGAGCGCAAUGGAGAGGCUCUCCUCGGCGGCUGGUACGAGCUGCUGAGCGAGAAGCGCGCGUGGAAGAUUGCUUUCCUGCAGCAACUCUCCAAGGCUUUCGACUAUGAGCUUAUGGGCGACUCUCCGAUCGAACCAGAGUUUGCGCUUUACAUCGCCGAGAACCUGGCGGUGUUGGAGUACCAGGCGCAGGAAGAGGUCAUGGUUGUUGUCCAGCAACUGAGUCAGGUCGUGCGCGACGGGCUAGGCGUGGCCAACAGCAUUGAGGAGGCCAAGAUUAUGGCGACGAUGGGCUCGGAGCCGAUUGUGGACAAGGCUGCGAUUGUGUCAGAGACCGAUCAGAUCCCUGCCGUACGACUAGCCAAUGCGGCGUCGGUCGUUGGCAUCGCCCUGCUCACAAAGAGCCUCCUGCUGUCAGAGUAUGGCCUGACUGAAGACAAAUGUCUCAAGCUGGUCGCGGGCAAGAAGAACCCCGUGGGCGACAAGCCGGCAACGAGGAGGAACCCCCAGGCAAUGCCGUUGGACAGCAGCCGCUUGGCAUACCCCCGUGGUGUCGAGACGGUAGACGAGUACUUUGGUCUACAGAGUGCAUUCCUACAAUUGAUGAGGGAAGACGGCAGCCUCGGGCUGCCCGUGUAACUUGUACAACGCAAAGACAUGUAUCAU